AUGGACAGCGCAACCAAGGAAAGAAUCAUCGGCCACAUGAACAGAGACCACCAAUUGGCUCUUGUGGACUAUACCGUUGUCUAUGGCAAACAGCCCUUGGCUUCUUUUAGACCUUCUUCUGUUGUUAUCUCCGACAUCAACACGAAGUCCGUUACUCUCCGUUUUGAACAAGCCAACGGCACCAUCAAAACCGUGGAGGUCGAAUUUGAGAAGGCCGUUGAAGCCGACAAUCUUACUGUGUCGUCUUCGGCCGAUAUCAAGGGUAAACUCAUUGCCAUGGCCGAGUAUGCGGCCAAGAAGCAGGGUUUUUCUCACAAGCAGGUGAAAACCGUGGCCAAGCCUCGCUCGGGUAUUUCGUAUACCAUGUAUGCUUUGGCCGUGGUUUUGUCGGCCACUUAUGUGAAGCCCAGCCUUGUUCGUAACGUUCUUUCCUCUAUUGGACUUCAGAACAGCACUCUUUUAGCUAAAUGGGCAUUUGUUGAGAGAAACAUUUCUCCAAUUUUCUUGGGAACCUAUUUGAUCCACAUCAUGGAGAUUGUGUUUGUGAUGCUUCCAAAGGCCAGAAAGUACCGUAUGCCCAGAGAGACCGCCAUGGCCUGGGUCGGAAUGAACUUCAUUGAGGGAUUCCUUGCAUUCAUCAGAUUGAACAAGGUUGUCAAGUCCAUCUAA